ACUCACUCAGUCAGUCAGUCGGUCAGUCCAGAGCGGGACAAACUACAGCAGCAAACCUCCUCAUGGAUCUACGGACAACAAUAUGCUUUUACUUGUGUUUCCUACUGGAAGUGAUGUGCUGGCAUGAUCUGGACAACACAGAGUAUGACUGUUGGCCAAUCAACAGUCCAAAUGAUUCCAACAUGAUCAGCUGCGGUGGUCUGGAAAUGGCCUGGUUCCAGCGCCCUCCAGAAAAGGUGACAAAUGGGGAAGAGUUCAAUGUCUCGUACACAGUGACGGCCUCAGAUGCAUUCUAUGAGUACACAGUCAGGAACAAGAUUUUCAGGUUCAGAAAUGCAUCAGAAGCAAAGAUGUUCUGCAAUGAACAUGAGUGUCCGUCAAACUGGAACAACGCCAAUGAAACAAACUGCUGCGUGUAUCAUGCCAACAUCCACUCGUGUCCUCUUGGUCUUAUGAAACAUGGGGGAAUCUGUGGCCCGUGGAUCCCUGAUGACGGUAAAAUAGUGACUCACACCGUGUCUCAAGCCGGCAAGAUGUCGCAGAAAUACUGGAAUACAAAGGUGGUGCUGGUCCAUGUGGGAGUCACCUCAGUCAUUGCUCAUAUCAAAAUAGGACAGAUGCAUGCAGCGCUGGAAGCCAAAGUGCUUGUUGUUAGCGCUCAAGUGUGCGGGGACGAUGUCUGUGAGAUGGAGGAGACCUGUCUCACCUGUCCUGCCGACUGUGGCAUCUGCCCCAUGUCCUUUGCUAUCAAAGUGGCUAUUGGGCUUCCUGUCGCACUCUUCAGCAGCGGCUUCAUCCUAACCAUGGUGUGGCUCCAGUACCAGAAACAGAGGAUGCUUUGGGAUGAAAGCUGGAUCAUCAACUAUAAGAGCAUCAUAUUUGGCAGAGUGUGUUACAUGGGCCUCAGCAGCACCACAACCUUGCAACGCUUCAAGAGUAACUCCAACGUCAGUCAAACUACUGAUGUGACAGUGUGUACGGGAGUCAACAGCUCCAUCAAACCAGGCUUCAUCCAACCAGGCAUCUAUGAUGGGAGGACUGUGGCAGUGAAAUACAUCCAGAAUAAACAUUUCACCCUCUCUAAAACCAUCAGGAAGGAGGUCAAAGAAGUGAGGCAACUGGACCACCCUAAUCUAUGCAAGUUCAUUGGUGGUUCCAUUGAGGUCCCCUACGUCAGCAUCAUCACAGAGCACUGCCCCAAAGGGAGUCUGUCUGACGUCCUGCUCAAUGAUGACAUCCCCAUCAACUGGGGCUUCAGACUGUCCUUUGCUACUGACAUCGCCCGUGGGAUGUCAUACCUUCAUCAGCACAAAGUGUUUCAUGGAAGACUUCACUCCAGAAACUGUGUCAUUGAUGACCGCUGGGUGUGCAAAAUUUCAGAUUACGGGCUCACAGCCUACAGACGAGAGGACUUUGACGUUGUUAGUAAUGGCUUUAAUUGUGGGGAUGUAAUAUACUGCGCCCCAGAGGUCCUGCUUGGAAGCAGCUCCAAUAUGACACCAGCAGCAGAUGUUUACAGCUACUCCAUGAUUCUGGUUGAGAUUGCAACUCGCUCUGAUCUCAUCUCAGAGCAGACUGAGGGAGUGAGGAUGGAUGUCAUGUGGCGCCCUCCUCUGCCUGAAGUCAAAGCAGGGAAGGCCGAUGUAGACUGUCCCAGCCAGGGAGACUACUGUGAGCUUAUUAAGAAGUGCUGGAGUCAUAACGUCACCAUGAGGCCCACGUUUGAGCAGGUGAAGAAGAUGCUCGACAAAAUGAACCCACACAAAGUCAGCCCUGUGGACAUGAUGAUGAACUUGAUGGAGAAGUACAGCAAACAUUUGGAGGCCAUAGUCGCUGAAAGAACACAGGACCUCCUUCAAGAGAAGCAGAAGACAGAUCGGCUUUUAUACAGUAUGUUACCUAAACCUGUGGCUGAUGACCUCAGACAAGGUCGGACAACAGAGGCUCAGAGCUUCUCCAAUGCAACUGUCUACUUCAGUGAUAUUGUUGGCUUUACUCAGCUAUCUGGUGCCAGCACUCCUUACCAAGUUGUGAACUUUCUCAACCAGCUCUACACCACCUUUGAUGACAUCAUUGACAAUUACGAUGUCUACAAAGUGGAAACAAUAGGCGAUGCUUACAUGGUGGUCUCUGGAGUCCCUCAAGAAAAUGGCAUCAAUCAUGCUGGAGAGAUAGCCAGCAUGGCUCUUGAUCUGGUCAGUGUUUGCCACAGUUUCAAGAUCCCUCACAAACCCAACACGCAGCUGAAGAUACGAGCCGGCAUCCACUCAGGACCUGUGGUGGCAGGUGUGGUUGGCACGAAGAUGCCUCGCUACUGCCUAUUUGGGGACACGGUUAACACAGCGUCACGAAUGGAAUCAACCAGUGAAGCUCUAAAGAUCCAAGUGAGCGGUGCCACAGCUGACCUCCUUCACACACUCAGAGGUUACAUUCUGACGUGCAGAGGAAAUCUUAAUGUGAAGGGAAAAGGAGAGAUGACAACAUGGUGGCUAGAAGCAAAAAGAGACGAUCUCACUGACCCACUGCUCAGAACAUCUGAAUCUAGAGAAGUCCCAGUUCCAGUCAGUGAUUAGUGUUGUUAGAUUAUAUAUUGUCCAGAGAGCUAUACAUUAGGACUAAACGUGCUUCUACAAUGAUAUGAUUCAAAUGUGUUCUUGAGGACUUUAGUAACGUGUUCAAAGUGUUUGUCAUUGUCAUGGUUUCAUUCUUGAGGGCAGGAGUGAUGAUUACGAGAUUGCAAAAACUAGUCUUUUUUGUAUCAUGAUUGUGCAGGACUGUUUACAUAUUGUUUAUUUGUUUAUUUAUUUAUUUACUAGUAAAGGACAUCAAAACAUUAUGCAGAGAAACCUGCCAGAGUCUAAGAAAUGUUUGUUUAGUCACACAUUUUCUCUCAUAGCCUAUAUAAUUGUAUUUUUGCAACCUGAUGCACUUUAGUUUUGCCAAAUAUAUUAAAAUUAAAAGGAAAAUUCACUGCCUAAAAAUAAUGUACUCUUUAAUAUGAUAGGCCUACAACAAUAUUAAAUCAAAUAUAAACCUUAUUGGAUUCAUUAAAUCUUAAAUGUUUGCCUUUGAACUAGCAUCUGAUUAAGUAGGCUAAAGGCCUGUUGCACAUGCAGCAUAUUUCAAAUGUCAUUACCUAAACAUGGCUUUUCAUUAAUAUUUCCAAUUUGGUUAUUACACAUAACUUCCCUCUUUAAUUUGAAAAUUAAAGCACCUAAAAUGCGUUUUGGCCAUAGGCCCUAUGUGUUUUCCUGCUAUGUGAUAAUCUUUUUUCCCCUCCAAAUGUCUAUGUUUAAGCAUGUUUAAGUAUAUGGUCU